UCAUCGUCAUCUUUUGACUGUCGCGGUGAUCGGCUUGCCAAACUGAUGAGCUUGCAUUUUUGUUUGACUGGUGUCUGGAGAACAGUGACCGCACAAAAUAUCCCGGAAUCUGUGUAAAAUCUCCUGCUUACGGUGAACUGCUGUGGUCAAUUUCAGCGAAAUGACCAACUCGUCCAAGAUGGAAGUGGACACCCAGAAGGGGGAAGGCUUCCGGUCGUAUUACAUCCAGAAGAUCGAGGAGCUGCAGCUGAUUGUGGCUGAGAAGAACCAGAACUUGCGCCGUUUGCAGGCGCAGCGUAAUGAGUUGAAUGCGAAGGUUCGAAUGCUGCGGGAGGAGUUGCAGUUGCUGCAGGAACAGGGAAGUUACGUGGGAGAGGUGGUGAAGCCCAUGGACAAGAAGAAGGUCCUGGUCAAAGUGCACCCGGAGGGCAAGUUUGUGGUGGAUAUCGAUAAGAACAUCGACAUCAACGAUGUCACUCCGAAUUGCCGUGUGGCCUUGCGGAACGAGAGCUACACUCUGCACAAGAUCCUUCCGAAUAAGGUCGAUCCGUUGGUGUCCCUUAUGAUGGUGGAAAAAGUUCCGGACUCCACGUACGAAAUGGUCGGCGGGCUGGAUAAGCAGAUCAAGGAAAUCAAGGAGGUGAUUGAGCUGCCGGUGAAACAUCCGGAACUGUUCGAUGCGCUGGGAAUUGCCCAGCCGAAGGGAGUGUUGCUGUACGGGCCACCGGGAACGGGAAAAACACUUCUGGCUCGAGCCGUGGCCCAUCACACGGAGUGCACGUUUAUUCGCGUAUCCGGCUCGGAACUGGUGCAGAAGUUUAUCGGCGAGGGUUCCCGAAUGGUGCGGGAGCUGUUCGUGAUGGCGAGAGAGCACGCGCCGUCGAUCAUCUUCAUGGACGAAAUCGAUUCCAUCGGAUCAUCGCGUAUCGAAAGCGGCAGUGGAGGCGAUUCCGAAGUACAGCGUACCAUGUUGGAACUAUUGAAUCAGCUGGACGGUUUCGAGGCGACCAAGAACAUCAAGGUCAUCAUGGCCACCAAUCGUAUCGACAUCCUGGAUCCGGCCCUGCUGCGUCCCGGACGUAUCGAUCGUAAGAUCGAAUUCCCGCCACCAAACGAGGAAGCCCGUCUGGACAUUCUGAAGAUUCACUCGCGAAAGAUGAACCUGACGCGAGGUAUCAAUCUGCGCAAGAUCGCCGAACUGAUGCCGGGUGCUUCCGGGGCCGAGGUGAAGGGCGUCUGCACCGAGGCGGGAAUGUACGCUCUGCGGGAGCGCCGAGUCCACGUCACGCAGGAGGACUUCGAGAUGGCCGUCGCCAAGGUGAUGCAGAAGGACUCCGAGAAGAACAUGUCGAUCAAGAAGCUCUGGAAGUAGGGAGGGGGAUCGAUCUUGUCUUCGAAAUGCUGCUUAGAAUAUGUAAUCGAUACCUUUUCUUUUCAAGACUAUCCGUAAUUGCUAAAUACCUAUGAUAAUAAACUGUGAAACUUCAA